GAGGGAACCGUCUCUUUUCUCUGUUUGCACAUUGUUAUCAUGGUUUGGGGACCGGAAAAGGCCUCCCCACGUGGAUGAAGACGACGGCACGGGAAUGGACAGUGGCAGCUGGGGGAGGCACAUGAGACCCCGAGCCUCUAGCCAACGAGGCUGCAAUGGGCGCCGCAGUAACCACCACGAGGAGGUGCUGCAGAACGCAGUUCGUCGAUCGCGGCACCUGGGCUGGUGGGGGAGGGGCAAGUAUGGAGGGGUAGAUCUUGAUCCAGUCCGACCAGCCGUCCGUUUCCAUGUCACGGGAGCCAUCAAAGGGAACCAGGGCGGUGUAUCAACAGGGGACUGGUGCGUUGGUGUCUGCCUCUCAGGGUCCUGUAAGACGGACGACGCGCUCAGCUGGACGGGGAAAGGCCGUGAUAACAGGCAGAUAGAGGGCUAUCUGGUCAUGCGCAACAGCGAGUAUCCAGGUCAGAUACGGCGGCCACUUGCUCGUCCUUUCCGCCUCAUCAUCACCGUGAUGCCCCGGAACUCACUCGAGUUCGUCUGCGCUCCAGCGGCGACUCCGCCUGUGGAACAUGGACUUUCUUCCCAUAGCCGCCUCAGCCUGAGAGUUCGACGACGUCUUUUCCCGAUCAAGAUGCCUCCAUCGAUUGGCAGGUUGUCUGGCUGGUCACAUAGCGCAGGCGAACCCCCUGCGAAGGGAGCGUGUGGCUGGCGAAUCAGACGGCGCGUCAAAAUCACAUUGCCCAGUCAGCCAAUCACCUCCAAACCGCCCUGUCGCGCCCUGUCGCCGCAAACCUCGAAUGGAUAUCGGAGUCUCAGCCCUCGUGGCCGCGCUGGUCUGGGCCAUUGGCGGUCGUUGUCCGGCACCUCUCAACCAGGUUCAGGACGUGCUGCCGCCUUCGAUUCAGAAAAGACCCGUGACCGAAAAUCCCCAAGAUCCCAAAUCCGUCAGCGCAGGAGGUUGGAAAAGUCGCAACGGUUCGGGAAGAGACGGAGCGCCCUUCCAUUUUCUGAGCUGAACCGACUGGGCGCCGAACUGGCCUGGGGGGAUAUUAUCAGUGGCGCCUUUGCCCGCCUACGGAAAGAUCCCACUCUCACUGGAAAGCGUGGAAAUGACCCAGACAUGGGUCUGCUCUCAAAGUGCAACAUGGGUUAGAUCCCGGAAUGCUAUCUGGCUUCGCUAGGCCAAAGACAUUGCGAUGAGCGUGAAAGUGACACGAGAG